AUGGCUAACCCAACCGAGGCUGCUCCCAAGCCUGAUCUCCCACAUCCCGAAUACCCAAAGUGGAUCGGCAGGAAGUUUGAACCUGAUGGAACAUUACUGCCUUUUCCUGGAAACACUAUCAUCUGUCAUCUCUCCCCCGAACGCGCCAUGUACCGCGCAAUGCUGGGUCUGCACGAUGCACUUAAAAGCCACAAGUUCGCCUCGCAAUACACUUUGUUACCACCCCAAAGCUGGCACAUGACGAUCUUUGAAGGUGUUACUGAUCAGAUUCGAGAGCCCCAUGUCUGGCCGGCAGAUUUGCCGCUCGAUGCGUCGUUGGAUAUGUGCACAGAUCUGUUCAGGGAGAAGCUCAAAAACUUCGAUUUCGGCAGCGAGGCACCAUUUCACAUGACUAUAGUUAGCUACGAUCCACUGGUGGAUGGCAUUGCCCUGAAGGUCGUCCCUGCAACUCCCGCCGAUGAAGCAAGGCUUCGCGGUCUUCGCAAGCGCCUCUCUGAGCUCCUUCAGAUGUACCAUCCUGCUCAGGACAAAUAUUCCUUCCACAUGAGCCUCGCAUACAUUCUACGUCGUCUGGAUGACCAGCAGCAUCAGGAGCUCUGGGACUUUCUAGAAGAAUAUCGUUCCAAACUCCCCAUUCAUUUUGCACUGGGUGCUCCGGAAUUCUGCACCUUCGACAACAUGUUUGCCUUCAGUCGGCAAUUCUUUCUAGGGGCAAAAUGCUGA